AUGUCAGUUGAUGUGCGUUAUGCAGCAUUCGGGGGAAUCACAGCGAUCCUCCUUUUCGGAACACUCUACUCAGUCGCAUACGACACUUAUCUCGACACCUCCGAUCCCGCCCUCACACAUCUCCCUCACCACCUACAUGCAACGCACUACUUCGCCAAUAAAGCCAACAUCCUAAACUCAUACUUCAUCAAACGCGCAUGGGGUUGGACUUCCGCGGCCUUCCUCACGCUCUGGCUCACCAGCCCACCCCACAAGCGGACAGUACACAGAGUAGUCAAGUGGGGCGUAGAAACAGCCAUAUGGCUCGUGUUCACAAGCUGGUUCUUCGGACCCGCCCUACUCGAAAGGCUCACAGCAGCUUCGGGGGGCGAGUGCACGGCCACCCUUCAAUCGGGUGUCGUGUUCACCGUCCCGUAUGAAUUCUGUCUCACGCGGACAGCCAUAUCACAAGAGACGCACCCGUUCUUGUUUGUUGGGUCGUCGGUUUGGGCGUCGGAUGAUAGGUGGCCGGUGGUCCCUCGCCUGAGGAAGGGACAUGAUGUGUCAGGCCACGUCUUCCUCCUCACUAUGUCCGUCCUAUUUUUGGUGGACCAGAUAAGGCUGUCUUUGUGCGCGAGGAAAUGGUCGCUUCCGCAUGCUUGUGCAGUCGUGUUCAAUACCGUGCUCAUCGCAAUCUGGUUCUUCGCCAUCUCCACCACCAGCGUGUACUUCCACACACCAUUUGAAAAGUUUACUGGAUAUCUGUUAGGAGUUGCGGGUUACAUGGUGACUUGGUUGUAUUAG